AUGCGAACGACGACACGAUUUCUUUUACUUAUCGCUUUCAUCGCCAUUUUCUUGCCUCAUCUCGAUGCCGCUCCAAACAAGGGUCUAAUCCGAACGAAACGCCAAUGUGGAUGCGUGCGCCGACAACCGCUGCAAUGUCAAUGCUCGGGAUUCGGAAGUCAACAAUCGUGUGGCUGUGCCCCAUAUGCGGGUUGUGGAUGUUCGCGACCGCAAACUUGUACCUCGCUUUGUCAGGGCACGUGUCAAAGUAGUUGCAUCGCACAGAAUCAACCACCACAAGCAUGCAGGAAUACCUGCCAACGAACGUGUGUCACGUCGUGUGCGAUCGCUCAACAACAACAACGAUUGCAGCAAAAUCAACCCCAAUUCGCCCCGAAUCCCCAAGCUUUAACAACGACCACCACCACGACAACAACGAUAAACCAAAAAACGCCGAAUCUACGAAUUGUCAUCAAUCAGGCAUCGAGUACAAACUGUAAAGACGAUUGCCAAAACAAAUGCGGAACCGUUUGCUCGGCUAAAAACUACCCGUCGGAAAUAUGCACUCAAAGCUGUGAUGCCUCGUGCAAUGCUGUUUGUGCGGCUGGUCAGCAAAAUGCUGCUUCCCAUCCGACGCUCACUCCAACAAUCACCCAAAAAAUCACUCAAACGCAAGAUCAAGGACCAAUUAACAUUCAAAUCAAGAAUUGCGAGUCCUCUUGCACGAGCGCGUGCACGAAUCUUUGUCCAACUCAAUCACAACCACAAAAAUUGAUUCAACCGAAUGCCCCCGGAUCCCAAUCACUCGUCUCUCAAACCCUCCCCGCUGGAUCCUAUCUCAACCCGAUUCCCCUCAUGACCACUCCGGCUCCUCUUCAAGCAGUUCUCAACACUUUGCAAGCUGGCCAAUGCCUACAACAAUGUGCUACGGGUUGUAAUGAUUCUUGUCAACAACAAGUCGAAAAACCCCCGCAAGGAUGUGUAGCCUCUUGUGAUCACACUUGUCAAGAUGUUUGCGGUGUCUCGGCGGCAAUGCAGAACCCGCAAGGCAUGUGCAAAUCGCAGUGCACAAAUGUUUGUGGCCUCGCCUGUCAAUCUGCACAAAACACAAUCGUUUCCACAUGUGUCUCGCACUGUGAUCCCGAAUGUGAGCGCGCUUGCACAAGCCCGAGCGUUCAGCAAAGCUCCGCACAACUCUUCGCCACCGCUCCACCGUUUCAGCAACCAACCUACGACUCGGCCACCUCCGCCACUCCCAUCACCACCCCGUCCAGCCCGUCGGUUUUCGAUUACAGCACUCCAUCCUGUGUCUCAGCUUGUAUGCCGGCUUGUCUCCCAUCAUGCACCACAUCAUAUACACCGAGUAGCUCCGAGGCGACAUCAGCUGGCGAAUUGAAGCUCAAGAUUCAAAUGGUGACGACAGGACCGGGAAUCUCCUCUGAGGCUUGUGCUUCCUAUUGUUCAUCGGCAUGUGAUGUACAGUGUAGCACAGUGAGACACGCGAGAUGCACGGAAGCUUGCCGCCACAACUGUCAUCGCACCAUUUGUCCGCAUAAACGACGAUCCACCCGCACA